AUGUCCAUCCGCCACUACACCACCGAAGAACUGCUCGCGCUCCGCAGUUCUCCCCUCGUCGCCAAACCGGACAAUUUACCCUCAAUCGAGCAAUGGCUAGAUGAGUCCGCAAACGCCAACCAAGCCUCCGAUCGCAAUGAUCAGCGACAGCAAGUCCCCAAAGACGGCGGCAACAAGAGAGAUCGACGUCUGCACAGUGGAAAUCCCACUGCUCCAGAGGCCAGUCCUAUGGGUGCCUUUAGCACGGGACGCCCGACGUUGGGGACGAGGAAUUCCACAGCGAGGGGCGCUGCGGGAGAUGACAUUUCUUUGGGACCUCCCAAGACCAAUUUCCCUUCGAGCAGACACACCUCGCGACUUGCCGAUUCCGCGGGUGAUAUUCCCACCACCGACGACGCGGAGAAUACUCGCGCCAAAUUCUUCUCCGACCGACAGAUGAUUAACCGGAGAAGUGGUCUGCAGGACAAGGAUGGCAGGGACAAUCGUGACAGCUGGACGCGUGCCGCGGAGAAGAGGGCGCUGGGUGGGGGAGAUGAUGAUGCAAAGAUGGACAAGAACGAUCGUUACGGCAGACAUGACGCUGCAGACCGCAAUGGAUUCGGCGACAAGGGAGAUACGCGAUGGAGCAACGGCCGUGGAGAGGAGCGGAGACAGAACGGAGACAGACCAGCGGGCGGCGGAUGGCGCGAGCGGGAACAGGCGAGGCGCAACAAUGGAGACCGACAUGAUGAGAGGGAGCCCGAAUGGAUGGAUGACCCCGUGGUGAAGAAGGAUCAAGAGUUGAACUUUGCCAUGCCCAAGUCGCAGGAGGAGUUUCAAAAGUGGAAGGACAGUAUGAAGGUGCAGGGAGAUGUGGGGGCGGACAAGGAGAAGGAGGUUGUGGAAGCACCUCCGCCACCACCAGAGCCCAAGCAGACCAUCAAGCUGGAAGGCUUCGAACCUGGUGGUUUCUUCGCUUUCAACGCUCCGACUUCGACAUCCACACCUCCCGCUGGCGCAGUACCGGGCAAGACUCCCGGCAAGGCCAAGACGAGUCGCUUUGCGUCCAUGUUUAAGCCGCCGGUUGAAGAGCAGCCUCCAGCACCAYCCUCGGAGUCGCAUCUACAAAAGGCUGCCAAUGGCUUUGCCAAAACAACAGCAGAGGAUCAGGAAGGUUUCAACAAUGUGUUGAAAAUGCUCAAUAGUGGAUUGAAGAUUACUCCUCCAAGUGAAUCUCCAGCUCCUGCUGCCUCGGCGCCGCAAUCGCCGCCGCAACCCACAAGAGCCGGUGCGAAUGGAUUUGGCGCCAAACCAAAGAGUCGCUUCUUCCAAUCCCAGCCGGAGAGUGCUGAGAGACUGCAAUCCCCUCACCAAGGUGGCGUGGAGGUGCAACAUCAAGACCCCGCUGUACGACCUCCUCAAGAGACGCCCGAACCCAGCAACAUGUUCAACGCGCUUAGGGAGCAGCAACCUCGUCCUUCUUCGGGUCGUGUCAGCGAGCUCGCCAUGUUCGAUCCACCAUCCCGUAGCGCUCCCAGUCCUGACAUCAACAUCCAAAACCUUCUCGCCCAGCAGAGGCAGAGGCCGCAGAUGCACAGUCAUGAGAGUCAGAAUCUACUCAACUUGUUGAAGAAGAGUGAUCCUACACAGCAGCCAUCAAGACCACCCAGCCAGCAAACCGGCGGCGGUGAUCAAGCGCAAUUGCAGAGGUGGUUGGACCAUCAACACCAUGCCAAUUCACAUGGUGGUGGCCCUCCUCCAAUGGAGACCUUUGCGCCGAAGCCAGCAAGACUACCUCAACACCCACCUGGUCUGUUUGAGGAGCAACUGAUGAGGAACUUUCCCUCGAGGGAGGAUUUGAGCAGGGAACAGCAGAUGCCACCUCCUGGAAUGCCCGAGCCGAGGAGACAGCAACAGCAGCAACAGCAGCGUGCGCCGCCGGGCUUCUACGAUGAGAGGGAGAUUCUGAUGCAGCAGCAGUUGUUGCAACAGCAGCAGAUGAGACGCAACUUUGGUGGUGGUGAUGGACCGCAGCAGAUGCCACCUCAGCCACAGGUAUUCCGCAAGCCCCAGCCACCACCUCAGCAUUACCAAGGAGGUGUUGGAGAGUAUCACAUCACUUCCCCAAGCCUGGGUGGACCACCACCUGGUUUCCCAAACAUCCCUCCGCAGCAGCUUCAGCAUGGUAUGCCGAGACAUCCUCCUGGUUUCGGUGGUCAGCCACCUCAGCAACAUCCCACUGCACACUUCCCCCAACAGAGGGAGCAGCCACCUCCUGGAUCCAUGCCGCCUGGUUUUGGGCCACCUGCUGGUGCACCUCCCGGAUUCUACGGUGCGGGACCUCCUCCUCCUGGGUUUGGAGGUGCGGGUAUGRGAGGCGGUAUGGAUGGGAUGCCGCCGCAGGUGCCGCCUGGUAUGAGGGGUAGACCUAGUGGUCAGUUUGACGGGUAUGGUGAGGCGAGACGAGGAUAG